AUGAAGUCGAAGCGUACCGUUCUCCUAUCAACGAUUUUCGCCAUCAUUCCCCAAACGCUUGCUCAAUUCCCCACCACAUGUCCUGCACCCAUUCCAAAGAAUGGCAACAGCACCAUAGGGGUCUGUCCAACAGACUUCACCAUCAUUGGGCCGCAACUCGAGCCUGUUCAUGAAUCAACAAGAGCACCCACUGGCCUGGCUAUCGAUCCUAAUCUGGUUCUAUACCUAACAUAUCCUCGCAACUUCGGACCCACACCUGACAACGUUGUCAAAUGUACCUCGUUCGAGACAGAAGAACCCUGGCCAUCUGCCGCUUACCAAAACUGCACCGCAAGUCAAAACGCCAGCACAUGCUUCAUCAACGUACAAAACGUCGUGUUGGACAGUAUAAAUCAACUCUGGAUCGUCGAUUCCGGUAUCAAGCCUGGAGAAAAGUCUGCAACUGAAUACGGAGCCAAGAUCAUGAGCUUCUCACUGCAAGGCGAAUUAUUACGAACAUACGUAAUCCCAUCGGAAUUAUUUUAUGAUAACAUGAACGCAAACGAUGUGCGCAUCAAUAACACACUUGGUGAGGGCGGCUACGCGUUCAUCACUGAUGAGUCGGAUGCCGGAUCCAUCCUCUCAAUCAACUUGGCUACUGGCGAUGCGAAUCGUAGACUUUUCAACACAACGUAUACGCGUGCCGACAAAGGCUAUGUGGGCGUGUAUAACGGGGAGCCUAUAUAUAAUUGGAACGGGACAACAAAGUCUUUCAUCACCACAGGCUCCGAUGGUAUCGCGCUGGCAUCGGGAAAUGUAUACUGGGGUGUGCUUGCGUCGCGCCGCUUCUACUACGUCCCUCAAGCCGCGAUCGUCAACAAUUCGAUCUCGGAGGAGGAUUUACUAGAGCAUGUGCAAGACCCGGGACAAUGCGGCACCGAGCAAGCAGGUUUGACAGCCGACGAUAAAGGGCGCGUCUACAUUACUGCGAGCGAGCACAACGCUAUUUUCUAUGUUGAUACGCUGCAAACUGCUGUCAAUGAAACAGUCAACGGGGAUCCGCCUGGGAGCUCGAGCCUGCUGGAGCCGGUGCCGGCGAAGGAUUAUGUGGUUAAGACGUUGGUAAGGAACGCGUUGAUACAGCAUGCAGAUAGUGCGGCGAUAUGGGGUGGUUGGAUGUACUUUUGUACGAACCAGCUGGAGUUGAGUCCUUUGAGGCAGUAUCAGAAUGUUGAUGCGAGGAGGGGGCCUUUCAGAUCGUACAGGCUGUGGAUUGGUGCUGGACCUGCGAUUUAA